UUUCAGUUCAAAUUCGAACGCUGACCGAAAACAUUCGAAAUUCGUUUCGCCAGCCAAUUGAAUCGAAAGGAAAAUCCGAAAACCGAAAUCCGCAGUCGUAAAUCCAAAUCCGUAAUCGGAUAAUCUCUUUGGGACAUAGAGAUUGCGAACUUUUUUCGCUUUUUAUUUUUUUUUCGAGUUGCCCCCGAAAAACGAUCGAGAGGAGAGUGAACCGCGCGCUGCCACGCCACCCACGAUCGCUUAGAUCCAUUCCAAAACUCCAGAUCUCGGUGACGUCGUCGUAGUCGUCGUCUGCCAAAAAAAAAAAAACAACAAAACAAAACAGCUGAUAAGAUACUUAUCGCUUAGCGCUGCGCCCCCCACCACAUUUUCCACUCCCACCGGGCGAAAGAGCUUUAUCAGCAGCAGCAGAGCAGCAGCGACGCGGCGCAGCAUUUGUGGCCUUGUAAUCCGCGGCAGCGCCAAGAUGCCACAACCAAAGCAAAAGCCACAACAACAACAGCAGCAGCAGCUGCAGAAGACGCUGCAGAAACAUUCCAGCACCAGCCAGAGUUCCAGUGGCACUUCCAACUCUUCCACAAUCAUCGCCAAACGGGAGCGGGAAAGGGAACGCACACAGACGAUCGGCGAAACGGACAUGGAUCAGUCGGUGCUCAAUGGACUGGCGGUGGGCGGGGACGGAGCCGCCGGCUACCACGGACACAAGCGCGAACUGGGACACAGAGUGUUUGUAAACAGAUCGUUGCAUUUGGAGAACAUCAAAUACUAUGGCUUCGAUAUGGACUACACCUUGGCAGAGUACAAGUCGCCGCAGUACGAGCAACUGGGCUUCAAUCUGGUCAAGGAGCGACUGGUUUCGAUGGGCUAUCCCAAGGAGAUACUGCAGUUCGAGUACGAUCCCACCUUCCCCGUUCGCGGCCUGUGGUUCGACACGCUCUACGGCAAUCUGCUGAAAGUGGAUGCCUACGGCAAUAUCUUGGUUUGUGUUCAUGGCUUUGAGUUCAUCAAGCAUCACCAAGUCUACGAGUUGUAUCCCAACAAGUUCUUGAAACUGGACGAGUCGCGUGUCUAUGUCCUCAACACGCUCUUCAACCUUCCGGAAACGUAUCUUCUGGCCUGUCUCGUCGACUUCUUCACCAACAGCAGCGAAUUUGUGCGCGUUGAGCGCGGCAUCAAAGCUGGCGAUUUCCUUUUCACCUACAAGUCGAUUUUCCAGGACGUCCGACGUGCCGUCGACUGGGUGCAUUCCGAUGGCGAUCUCAAGCGUCGCACCACGCAGAACAUGGCCCACUAUGUGAAGAAGGACGAACGCUUGCCCACCGUUCUAUCGCGCAUCCGCGAAUCGGGCGCCAAGCUCUUCAUGCUAACCAACAGCGACUACACGUACACCAAUGAGAUUAUGACCUACCUGUUCGACUUCCCGCACGGCGCCACUCCCGAGGAGCCGCAUCGCGACUGGAAGAGCUACUUCGAUGUGAUCGUGGUGGAUGCCCGCAAGCCCCUCUUCUUCGACGAGGGCACCGUGCUGCGGAUGGUGGACACGAAGACGGGUUGCCUGAAGAUCGGCACCCACAUUGGACCGCUGCAGCCGGGCCAGGUUUAUUCCGGCGGCUCCUGUGAGCUCUUCACCAAGUUCAUCAAUGCCAAGGGCAAGGACGUACUCUAUGUGGGCGAUCACAUCUUUGGCGAUAUUCUCAAAUCGAAGAAGAUUCGCGGCUGGCGCACCUUCCUCAUCGUUCCGGAGCUCGUGCGAGAGUUGCAUGUGUGGACGGAUGAGUGCCAGCUGUUUGCGGAGCUCCAGAAUCUGGACAUCAAGCUGGGCGAUCUGUAUCGCGACCUCGAUUCGAGUGCCAAGGUCAAGCCGGAUAUUUCGCAGCUGCGCACCUGCAUCCGGGAUGUGACGCACAAGAUGGACAUGUCGUACGGCAUGAUGGGCUCGCUCUUCCGUUCCGGUUCGCGGCAGACCUUCUUCUCCAGCCAGGUGGUGCGAUAUGCCGACGUCUAUGCGGCCACGCUGCUCAACCUCAUCUACUACCCCUUCUCGUAUAUGUUCCGAGCGCCGGCCAUGCUCCUGCCGCACGAGUCGACGGUGGCCCACGAUCAGGCCCACCAGCCGCCUCCGGCCCUGGCCUCCCAGGUCACCGGAUCCUCCUCGGUGGCCGCCUCGCCCGAUGAGCCGGCCCGCAUUGUGGCGGGCACCGAACAGCAGAUUAAGGACUCCAAGGACUUGCAUCGCGCCAGCUCCAUUGUGCACACUCGUCCCUCGACGCCCACCGUGGUGACCCACACCCAUGACGAGGACUACUCCGAGGAGGAGGAGACGCCCAGUGGCGCCGAGUCUUCCACAGGGCAGCCGCUGCGCGAUGCCUCCGAGGAUUAGGAACCACGGCCCCUCCGCCUCCCCAAAAGCAGGAAUGUUUGGAUCAACGAAUUUCCUUCUCCUACUCCACAAUCCCAAACCAAUCCCGAAAAAAACCCCUCCCAAAAUCCACAACGUGGUCGAAGCAAUUGUGAAACAUACGAUUUUCCCUGGCGAUUUUACCCGAGCACAGAUAUGUGAAACUAUAUAUACCAUAUAUGAUAUAUACAUUAUACAUUAUACAUUAGCUGGUUCCGUACAUAUAAUGUGUCUUUUUUUUUAUUAAAACAAUAAAUUGCUGUAAUUGAAAGAGAAAAA